GAGAAUAUUUUCGGUGAUGACGUAUCUGUUUCUCUCUCUAGAAGCCUUGAACUGUAGAGGAGGGAGAUGGAGAGAGAGGGAACCUCUCCCCUUUAAGUAGGAAUGAGAUCCCAAUCAUGCAGCCAUGCUAGGGUUUCUUACCUUUUUUCACUUUUUUUUUUUUAUGGUUAUCUGACUGUUGGAAUGAUUCCUUGACGGAGUUGGUCAAUCAUCAUCGACCCACUCACUCCGAUCUGUAAGUCUCCGUUGAUCCUUUCUCGGACGAUGGCGGCUUUUUCCGUUUCGAUUCCUUUUUUUUUUCCUUCGGUCGGUUUUAGUUUCUAUUGCGGUCUGGUUUGAACCUCUGAGGUGGAAGGUUGGUAGCGGGUCUGGAUAGGAACUACGAUUGCAGAAUCUGAGCUUGCUUGGUGCGGGGAAAGUGAGACUCCCUUCUUUAGUAUCUUUGUCGAUCAAUUGGACGUGAAAAGCUCGGACAUUGGGGUGGUUCUCACGGCUUUUCAUCAAAUCUGAAGCGAAUUCAAGGCUGUUCUCGUGAUGGGUGCGUGAAAUUUUGCAUGUUGGCCUGCUUAAAGUUCGGUUUAGCUGUGAGACAUGACUUGCAUAUUGCCCGGGAGCUCGUACUCUGCGGCGAUGUCGCCGGAUUGCGGGAGAAUUUUAGGUCACGGAAUUGAUCCUGACAUGAACUGUGGGUCGAGCUUGCUUUUAGCUCUUCCAGAAGACGUUUUGGCCCUUGUUUCGGGAUUGCUGAACCCCGUUGAUCUCUGCAAUUUGAGUCUUUGCUGCCGGAGCCUCAACGGACUGGCUGCUUCUGAUAAGGUUUGGUUCAUGCAAUGCGAGAAAUUGGGGUUGAUUGAUGCUCACGACUUCAUAUCCUGGAGAAAGGUGGUCGAUUCUUACAAGGCGAUCUGUAGGUUCCUUGUUAAGGUCAAGCCGUUGAUCGGGAUUUGGGUUCAUCAGAACCCUGAGCUAGGAAACGUAGUCUAUGUGAUGUGGGGAUUCAUGUCAGUCGUCGCAUGUAGGGUAAUUCCUCAAGAGCUUGGUCCGCUCGGCUUCGAUGGUCCUUUGUUGUGGGCUCCAGUUUUUGAGAUCAUCGGCGAUUCAGACGGCUCACCUCUCUUCUUUCUUCAUGGAAGAGAGAGGGAUAAGGAUUACUGUUAUCCUGGUUCCUUGAAAGCUAUAGAUGAUCGUUGUAAUGUCCUAUUACUAGAAGCAGCACCUCAAAAGAAUAUAACUACCCAUGCUGUUAGAGCUACGAUUGAUGAUCUAGGUACUGAUUCUUCAAGAAGGAUUUGUAGGUCGGAAGAAAGUCGUUCAAUGUCUCACAGGGUUGCAGAGGGGAAUGAUUCGGUACCAUUUAGCCGAUUGGCGUUUGGGGACAGACGCAGAUUACUGGAGAUUGUUGCCGAUCAUGUGCGAUUGGAAAUGCCUGCUUCUGCCAGUCAUCCUUUGUUUCCUCGGUCAAGGGAUGCCCUGGCGGUGGAAGAUGAGCUUGUAAUGGAGAAAGAAACCAUAAAGGAAGAUAUGGUUAUGUUAGCCGAGCGCAGGUCAUUACUUAUUCAGAUGUAUAGGACUGGGAAUGUGGGUGAAGGACAAGCCUCCUCUAGUUCAAGCAAGGAAACUGUUCAACUGGGUUCCUGCAUAAGAGGUCAGUGUAACACUGCAGGUUUGUCCAAGGGUUCUUGGGAUAAAAUGGCCAUUGACUCUGGUAGGGAGCAAAGGGUUAGAAAUAAUCUUGAUUGCUCGAUCACUCAGCACCUGUCUUUUGAUGGGAGGGAAAAUUCACAGAACACAAAGAAGAGAACCAUUGCUGGCUACUUCAGAGACGGUUUCAAACAAAUCAUUGGGAAAGCUACAGGGGGUAGUAAUGGCAGCAUUAUCCUAAAGAAUGGUUCCUCCAGCAGUGAGAGUAAGCAUGUGCAGCUGCAUGAGUUCUUGAGGUCGGGAAGUUCUGUAGGACUAAGUUUACAUGCUUCCACAAUGAAGUUAUCUACCUAUCGGGCGUGGCCUAUCAUGCAUGACAACAGAUUUGCAUUGUACAAGUUGCCCCAACCACUUCCAGUGGAAGGCCAAGAAUAUGCAGGCCUAUGGGGUGGAACCUUUGGCUGGCCACCUGGACGCCCUGCAGAAGACAAACCUGGGAAGGCCCUAUUCUUCCUUUUGCUAUCUUAUGAAGAAUCCGAUGAAGGAAAGUAUCUCAUUGCAACUAAGAUACUGGAGGGAACUCAUUAUGUUCUUCAUCCAAAUGGUUCUGCAAUGUUUAUUGUGAACAUCAAUGAGCCAUCAUCAGAUCCAUUCCCAUGGGAGACAGAUAGAGAUUCCCUUCCUCUAGUAAUUACACAAACUUAUCAUGGGGAGGGCAUAGCGAAUGGAUAUGGCUUCAGAUAUCCUGGCUCUAAGCCUGGAGCUUUGUUCACUUUGCAGUCGGGGCUUCUUGCAUUUGUUUGGAGAGAAACAAGAGCAGUGUUAACUUUACAGAGAUUAAACCUGAGAGCACUCUUAGGAAGGGGUGAAAGGGUGGCUGCUUUACCCCCAGUUGCCAACUUUGCGUACUUGACCAAGUCCUACUCGAAUGUGUUUGCAGGCUUUGCGGGUACACAUUCUUUGUCUUUUCCAAGGUGAUGAUGUGACUAGGAGGUGAGUUCUUUUGUGGUAUCGAUUUGGAAGAAGGACCGGCUUCUUUGCUGCCUCACAUUCAAACUCAUUGAUGACGAGUUCACAGAAUUUAUAAAAAGCAAGUCUUGUUCAAAAUUCCACGAGGGUUUCUUCCUUUCUUCUCUGAAAUUUUUAUUUCUCUAGUCAUCAGAUAGAGUACAAAUUGGUUAAAUUCCCCCAGUUCACAAUGGGCUCCGCAAUAAGCUUAUUGUCCCAUUAUGGUUGGGCAUGCCAAAGUUGUCUAUAACAUUGAACUUACUUAUUGUGACAGCAGAUAUGGGAGAACAUAUACCUGUAUGUUCUCUUAAAAACUUCAUGCACCAACAAUAUACGGACUGUGCAUGUCAUGUAUUUCUGGGUGUACGCACAAGGAAUCGGAUGUGCAAAUUUCUGCCA